AUGUCAACUCGCGAAUUGUAUGAGAAGUGUGGCCAGUCCUCCCUCUUCAAACACUGGGACAGGUUGAGCAAACAUGAGAAACAGGAACUGGAGAAAAACCUUGGGGAAAAUGCUGCUAGAAUUCGUCCUGACAACCUAGUCCAGGUGUGCCAGGAAGCAAUCCGACUAGCGAACGACAAUUCCAAGGACGUAUCCAGGCUAGAGCCACUUCCUUCAAGCUCCUACGAAUCAAUCAUUUCGAAGCCUCAACUUGAAAGAGAAUACCGUGAAUUGGGGCUCGACGCGCUUAGGAGGGGCGAAGUCGCUGUUGUUUUGAUGGCCGGAGGUCAGGGCACUCGACUGGGCUCUUCGGAGCCUAAGGGGUGUUACAAUAUUGGUUUACCAUCAGGGAAGUCACUAUUUCAAAUCCAAGCUGAAAAACUGGCGCGCAUUCAGCGACUCGCUGAAGCUUCGGCACCCAUUCCUUGGUAUAUCAUGACAUCGAAACCUACGCGUGCAGCAACAGAGCGCUUCUUCGAGGACCAAAAGUACUUUGGACUAGAUAAGCAGCAAGUUGUAUUCUUCAAUCAAGGAACGCUACCAGCUCUCGACCUUGAAGGACGCCACCUUUUGCUUGGUUCUCCAACCGAGCUUGUUGAAUCACCUGACGGGAAUGGAGGCCUUUAUCGUGCACUUCAAGACAAAGGCAUUCUUGAAGACAUGUUACACAGGAACAUAAAGCAUAUUCACAUGUACUGUGUUGACAACGUCUUAGUAAAACUUGCUGAUCCUGUGUUUAUUGGUUUUGCAAUCAAAAAUGGUUUUGAAUUAGCUACCAAAGCAGUCCGUAAAAGGGAUGCAUCCGAAUCGGUUGGUUUAAUUGCAAGCAAGAACAGCGCGCCUUGUGUCAUUGAAUAUUCCGAGAUUUCAAAGGAGAUGGCCGAGGCUACUGACAAGGAGGGGCUGUUGAAAUUUAGAGCAGCGAAUAUUGUUAACCAUUACUACUCUGUUGACCUCCUCAAACGUGAGCUUGGUAAUUGGUGUGACAUAAUGCCCUAUCACAUUGCUAAAAAAAAAAUUCCAGUUUACAACAACGAGAAAGAUUCAUAUUACAAGCCAGAGGUGCCAAAUGGUAUCAAACUCGAGCAAUUUAUCUUCGACGUUUUUCCCUACGUGCCAAUGGGCAAGUUUGGUUGUUUGGAAGUGGAAAGAUCUCAUGAGUUCUCGCCUUUGAAAAAUGCAUCUGGAACCGCCAAUGACAACCCUGAAACUAGCCGUGCUGCUUUCCUCGAGCUUGGUACAUCAUGGCUACAACAAGCAGGCGCUGACGUAUGUCCCGGAGUCCUUGUUGAGGUUUCUGGAUCCCUGAGCUAUGGGGGUGAAUCGCUCGAAAAAUACAAAGGGCACAAGUUUGCAGUAAACCUUUCUAUCUUGCAGUAA